AUAACCACCCUGUCAACCAACAAACUCUUCCAUCUUCCAGUCGCAUAUCUCACCCUUGUGUCUUUCUUGCUGGAACCGAAGCGUUUCAAUUUUAGAUCGUCAUCAUGGCACAGGAUCCCAGAGUGCUACUGCAGCAGGCAGACAAAUUAGUAUCAAGCGCCAGUGGUGGAUUCAGUUUCUUCGGAGGCCGGACAGAGAAAUUUGAAAAUGCAGCAGAUUUAUAUGUCCAGGCAGCCAAUGCGUUUCGAAUGCAGAAGCAGGGCAAGGAAGCUGGACUCGCGUUUGAACGAGCGGCGAGUAUCCAAACUGAGAAGCUCAAUGAGCCCGAUGAUGCCGCAAAUUCCAUGACCGAAGCAUUCAAAGCAUACCGAAAGUCUGAUCCCGAAGACGCUGCGCGGGUCCUAGAGCAGGCCAUCUCUCACUACACUUUGAAGGGCAACUUCAGAAGAGCGGCGACACAGAAACAGAAUCUUGCAGAACUUUACGAGGUUGAACUCGGAGACCAAAAACGAGCUAUGGAUGCCUACGAAACAGCUGCCGGUUGGUUCGAAGGCGACAAUGCGGAAGCACUCGCAAACAAGCUUUGGCUCAAGCUUGCAGAACUUGCGGCUCUCGAAGGCGACUACUACAAGGGCAUCGAGAACUUUGAAAAGGUGGCCAAGACAUCUGUCAAUAACAACCUCAUGAAGUAUUCGGUCAAGGAAUAUCUUCUGAAAGCAGGCAUCUGUCAUCUUGCUACAAAUGACAUGGUCGGUACUGGACGAGCGAUCGAAGGCUACCGUGAAUUGGACCAGACUUUUGCGUCUACGAGAGAGCAUCAACUUCUCGUAGACUUGGCAGAAGCGGUUGAACAAGGUGACCAAGAAGCCUUUUCUGAUAAGCUAUUUCAAUUUGACCAGCUGAGUAAGCUGGACAAGUGGAAGACGACGCUUUUGCUGCGUGUGAAGAAUAACAUUGAGGAAAAGGGAGAGGACUUUUCGUAAAUUUGGCGCUUUGAGAGCAUAUGAUUUUGGGAACAAUAACACAGUUUGAUCAUUAUACUAAUAGUUUAUGAAUGAGAUAUCAUCCUUACUAUCAUUUAACGGCU